AUGGGUAAGGUUAUCAAGCCACCAACAGCUGCACGUACAGCUCAUUUUCGUACGUUAGAAAGGGAAUCGAGAUUUCAAAACCCUCCCAAGGAUAAAUCCGCUUACCCUCUACUUUAUGAAGCUGUCCAACCUCACAUUGGUUCAUUUAAUGCAUUAACUGAAGGACCUGAAGGUGGCCUUCUCAAUCAAGGUAUUAAGGAUAUUGGUGAGAAGGUUAUCUUUGAUGGUAAACGUUCCGAUAGCAUUCAAUUGGGUAACCGUCUUUCUGUUAGUGUAGAACAAGCAUCAAUCACUAAACCAAUGUUUAACGAUGGUGUAGCAUCUGGUGUUGAAAGAAGAGUUUUCCCCAGUGAGGCAAGACAAAGAUUGUCAUCUUAUAAAGGUAAACUUGUUAUUAAAUUGAGAUGGGAAGUAAAUAACGGUGAAGAGACUUUCACUGAAGUGAGGGACUGUGGUGCGGUGCCGAUCAUGUUGCAGAGUAACAGAUGCCAUCUCUAUAACAUGCCUCCUAGCGAACUAGUGAAGCACAAGGAAGAGUCUGAUGAAUUUGGUGGAUAUUUCAUCAUUAACGGUAUUGAGAAAUUAAUUAGAAUGUUAAUCGUUCAACGUAGAAACCAUCCUAUGGCCAUUAUUAGACCUUCAUUCGCCAAUAGAGGUGCCGCCUACUCACAAUUUGGUGUUCAAAUAAGGUCUGUAAGACCAGAUCAAACAUCGCAAACUAACGUUUUACACUAUUUGCAUGAUGGUCAAGUUACAUUCCGUUUCUCUUGGAGGAAAAACGAAUAUUUGAUUCCAGUGGUCAUGAUCAUAAAGGCAUUAUGUGAUAUCAGUGAUCGUGAAAUUUUUGAUGGGAUCAUUGGUCCAGAUUUGUCCAACUCUUUCUUGACAGAUCGUUUAGAAUUGCUUCUAAGAGGUUUCAAAAAGCGUUACCCACAGUUGCGUAAUAGAACUCAAGUGCUACAGUAUUUGGGUGACAAAUUCCGUAUCGUUUUUCAAGCUCCUCCAGAUAAAAGUGAUUUGGAUGUUGGUAAAGAAGUUCUUCAUCGUAUUGUGCUAGUUCAUUUGAACGGUGAUACCAAUGAAGAUAAAUGCCGUUUAUUGCUGUUCAUGAUUAGAAAACUUUAUUCUCUAGUCGCUGGUGCUUGCUCCCCAGACAAUCCCGAUGCUACCCAACAUCAAGAAGUCUUAUUAGGUGGAUUCUUAUACGGUAUGAUUCUAAAGGAAAAAGUUGAUGAAUACAUGCAAUCUAUCAUUGCUCAAAUCAGGACUGAUAUCAAUAGAGGAAUUCCUGCAAACUUUAAAGAUCGUAAGUAUAUGACUCGUGUGCUUAUGAGGGUCAAUGACAACAUUGGUUCCAAAAUGCAAUACUUUUUAUCCACUGGUAACUUGGUUUCUCAAUCAGGUCUUGAUUUACAACAAGUUUCUGGUUAUACAGUGGUGGCAGAAAAGAUUAAUUUCUACCGUUUCAUAUCACAUUUCAGAAUGGUUCACAGAGGUUCAUUUUUUGCUCAGUUGAAGACUACUACCGUGAGAAAAUUACUACCGGAAUCUUGGGGGUUCCUAUGCCCUGUCCACACUCCAGAUGGUGCUCCUUGUGGUUUGUUAAACCAUUUUGCUCACAAGUGCCGUAUUUCCACCAAACAAUCAGAUGUCAGCCAAAUUCCUUCAAUACUUUAUUCUCUCGGUGUAUCCCCAGCAUCUCAAGCGUUUGCUGCCGGCCCCUCAUUGUGUUGCGUUCAAAUUGACGGUAAAAUCGUUGGUUGGACCUCUCAUGAACAAGGUAGAAUUAUUGCAGAUACUCUAAGACUUUGGAAGGUAGAAGGUAAAACACCAGGACUGCCAUUAGAUCUCGAAAUUGGUUAUGUUCCAUUAUCAUCUAGAGGUCAAUACCCAGGUUUGUACAUCUUUGGUGGUCAUUCAAGAAUGAUGCGUCCAGUCCGUUACUUGCCUCUAGACAAAGAAGAUAUCGUGGGUCCAUUCGAACAAGUUUACAUGAACAUUGCGGUUACACCACAGGAACUUCAAAAUAAUGUGCAUACUCAUGUGGAAUUCACUCCAACUAAUAUUUUAUCCAUUUUGGCCAACUUAACACCUUUCUCUGAUUUCAAUCAAUCUCCUAGAAAUAUGUAUCAAUGUCAAAUGGCUAAACAAACCAUGGGUACUCCUGGUGUAGCUCUUUGUCACAGAUCUGAUAACAAAUUGUACAGAUUGCAAUCCGGUCAAACGCCAGUUGUUAAGGCUAAUCUAUACGAUGAUUAUGGUAUGGACAAUUUCCCCAACGGUAUUAAUGCAGUGGUUGCCGUUAUUUCCUACACAGGUUACGAUAUGGACGAUGCCAUGAUUAUCAACAAAUCUGCAGACGAAAGAGGUUUUGCCUAUGGUACUAUGUACAAGACUGAAAAGGUGGACUUAUCCUUGAACAGAAGCCGUGGUGACCCUAUUUCUCAACAUUUUGGCUUUGGUAAUGACGAAUGGCCCAAAGAAUGGCUAGAAAAGUUGGACGAAGAUGGAUUGCCCUUCAUUGGCACUUAUGUUGAAGAAGGUGACCCUAUCGUUGCCUAUUUUGAUGAUACCUUGAACAGAACUAAGGUGAAGACUUACCAUUCUACAGAACCUGCUUACAUUGAAGAAGUUAAUCUGAUAGGUGACGAAUCUAACAAAUUACAAGAAUUGCAAACCGUUUCCAUUAAAUACCGUAUUAGAAGAACCCCACAAAUUGGUGAUAAAUUCUCUUCAAGACACGGUCAAAAAGGUGUUUGUUCCAGAAAAUGGCCUACUGUUGAUAUGCCCUUCAGUGAAACCGGUAUUCAACCAGAUGUUAUCAUUAACCCACAUGCUUUCCCCUCUCGUAUGACCAUUGGUAUGUUCGUCGAAUCUCUUGCUGGUAAGGCGGGUACUCUUCACGGUGUUGCCCAAGAUGCCUCCCCAUGGGUGUUUGAUGAAAAUGACACUCCUGCUGAUUAUUUUGGUGACCAAUUGCUAAAAUCAGGCUACAACUACCACGGUAACGAGCCUAUGUACUCUGGUGCUAGUGGUGAAGAAUUAAGAGCUGACAUUUACGUCGGUGUUGUCUACUAUCAAAGAUUGCGUCACAUGGUUAACGAUAAAUUCCAAGUGCGUUCUACUGGUCCUGUCAAUAGUCUGACAAUGCAACCCGUUAAAGGUAGAAAGCGUCAUGGUGGUAUUCGUGUCGGUGAAAUGGAAAGAGACGCCUUGAUUGGUCACGGUACCUCUUUCCUAUUACAAGACCGUCUACUCAACUCUUCCGAUUACACACAAACUAAUGUUUGUCGUGAGUGUGGGUCCAUAUUGGCCACUCAACAGAGUGUACCUCGUAUUGGUUCUAUUUCAUCAUUACGUUGUCGUCGUUGUGCAAUCAAUUUCGAUGAAGCUAAGAAGACAUUGGCUAAAUUCGAAGGUUCUGAUAACGUCUUUAUCGAUGAUUCCCACAUCUGGGAAGAUGGUCAGGGCAAUAAAUUUGUCGGUGGUGGUGAAACCACCACUGUCGCCAUCCCAUUUGUUCUCAAAUUUUUGGACUCUGAACUAGCUGCCAUGGGUAUAAGACUGCGCUACAACGUGGAUCCACGCUAA